ACCUGUUUAUUUCUGUUCCUCAUUCUUUUGUGUUCCGCAGGAGGUAUCUCGUAAACAUCGCGCAUAAUGUUCUGAUCAUUCUUCCUAGUGAAUUGUGUUUGAAAGUGCCCAAAAAAAGAGUGUUUUCUUGUGUUAUAUAUUCGGUUACUUCUCACUGGAUUUUUAUCGUUCCAUUCUAUCGUUUACCUUUGCGAAGAAUGCGUCGGUUUCCCACUACUUGGAUUAGCACGUCUUUACUACCUCUAUUGUUAUUCAUCGACUGUACAGUUGGCCUAUAUGAUGAACCGGCACCCCACAUUAUCGUGUUCAUGGCAGACGAUUUGGGGUGGGACGAUGUUGGUUUUCAUGGAUCGGAUCAGAUACCAACCCCUAACAUCGACGACGUAUUACCGACAAGCACGCCAUCUAGGAUAGCAUUUUUCACUGGACUGUACCCGAUACGUAUUGGGAUGCAAGGAGCUGGAAUUCGUGGUGGUGAACCACGUGGUCUUCCAUUGAAUAUUAAAAUUUUACCGGAACAUUUGCGAGGUUUAGGAUAUACCACGAAAUUAAUUGGGAAAUGGCACAUGGGGUACCAUACACCUCAACACACGCCGAGGCACAGGGGCUUCGAUUCUUUCCUUGGAUUUUACAAUAGCUAUAUUUCUUAUUACGAUUAUAAGUAUUCGAACCAGAACAUGAGUGGAUAUGACAUGCAUCGUGGAGACGAUCCAGCUCAUGGAAUGCAACGCGAGUAUGCGACAGAUUUGUUCACCAAAGAGGCGAUCAGUAUCAUAGAAGAUCACGAAAUCAGUAGACCUCUUUAUCUUCAGAUUUCGCAUCUCGCAGUCCACGCUCCCCUGGAGCAACCUGGAAACGAAUAUGGCAGGGAUACCAUACAGAUUCGUGAACCAAAUCGCAGUAGAUAUGCAAAAAUGGUGUCGAAAUUGGACGAGUCAGUGGGACGCGUAGUUCACGCGUUAGGCGAGAAAGGAAUGCUGAGGAACUCCGUGAUCCUGUUCCUCACCGAUAACGGAGCUCCGUCGGUCGGUAGAUACAGGAAUUAUGGCUCGAACUAUCCCUUCAGAGGGAUGAAAUAUACUUUAUACGAAGGAGGCGUAAGAGGAGUGGCAGCAUUAUGGUCGACGAGGCUGCAGAAAACAGCCCGAGUUUCGAAUCAGUUGAUGCACAUAACAGAUUGGUUGCCAACCCUUUACUCCGUAGCCGGUGGAGACCUGCGGGAUUUAGGCGAGAUCGACGGUAUCGAUCAAUGGUGUGUACUUAGCGAAGGACGUGGAGUUGGCAGAGAGAAACUUUUAUUAAAUAUCGACGAAGUUCAGAAAACCGAGGGAGCGAUAUAUGGACGAUUCAAAUUAUUGAGAGGUUCUGUCGAAAACGGUUUCUACGAUAGAUACUAUGGCAAUUUCGCUAGAACAACGGGGAACGCGUCGUACCAAGAGAUGGUAAUAAAAAGUGCAGUCUCUCAGAGUAUCACCUACCACUUGGGUGGUCCUGUGACACAACCAAGUACGAUGACACAAUUACGAUUAAAUGCGAAGAUUCGAUGCAAUCACGAUUACACGUAUUAUAACCACAUGGUGACGGCUUGCAAUGUCACGGAAUGUUUAUUCGACGUAGUGAACGACCCAUGCGAGACGAAGAACAUCGUCAAGGCGUACUCUAGGAUUGCCAGUGACUUGGAUGCUUAUUUGGAACACUACAGCCGUGUGCUAGUGAGGCAACCCAAGGUGCAUGUUGACUGGCUAGCAGAUCCAAGGAGAAGAAACAACACCUGGGAACCGUGGCUGCAAUCAGGAACUGUCGUUCCAAACACCGCAGCAGGUUGGAACGACGUGAGUUUUCACGGUGCCGAUCAAAUACCCACGCCAAACAUAGACGCCCUGGCUUACAACGGCGUGAUAUUGCAGCGACAUUACGUUUUACCGAUAUGCACGCCAUCGAGGACAGCCUUCCUUACCGGCCGUUAUCCUAUUCGAGCAGGUAUGCAAGGUUAUCCGUUGAAGGCAGGUGAACCACGUGGUAUACCCCUGAACAAUACUCUUCUCCCAGAGUACCUACAAAAGUUGGGAUACUCUACUCAUCUUGUCGGAAAGUGGCACGUUGGCUAUUAUAGUGAUUACCAUACACCGACCAAUCGUGGUUUCGACACCUUCUUGGGUUAUUAUAAUGGUUACAUCACGUAUUUCAAUCACACCAUCGAGCAGAACUCGCAAGUUGGAUACGAUUUGCAUUACGACGUGCCAGGCAAUUUGUCCGUGAAGUACAACUACGAGUAUAUGACUGAUCUUAUAACAGAAAGGGCAGAGGAUAUAAUUUCGAAUCACGAUCCGAGCAAACCCCUUUAUCUGCAAUUGUCUCAUCUUGCUGUUCACGCCAGCGAUUCCAACGAGGUGAUGGAGGUUCGCGAUAUGAAAGAAGUAAACGCAACCUUAGGCUAUAUCAAAGACUUCAAUAGGAGAAAGUUCGCAGGCGUGGUUACUGCCAUGGACGAGUCCGUAGGCAGAGUCGUGCAUGCGUUGAGACAGGCGAACAUGUUGCAAAAUUCCAUCAUAGUCUUCAUGUCCGACAAUGGUGCGCAGACUGAGGGGUUGUUGGAGAAUUAUGGAUCGAAUUAUCCCUUGCGUGGGGUCGUCAUUAGUCUGAAUGUUCUCCUUACAGAAUAUUUUAAGGUUUUAAUGCAUCAAACGAACACUUUAGUGGAUCCACGUUCUUUCCCUGAGCACUUCAAUGGAACAUGGAUGCCCUGGUUAAAGUUACCUAUAGAUGAAAUUGGACUUCUCAGUGUUUAA